AUGUCAACAAAUCUUGGACCACCCUUAGAGAAAGGGAUAUGGGCCGCGGUGAUCAUCGCCGCGGUGAUCGUUAUUUUGCGAGUCUUUGCUAAAUUCAAGAUCAAACGGUUUGGCAUUGACGAUGGCCUGAUGGUCCUCGCGGAGAUCCUCGCCAUUGUAUCAACAGUCUUCUUGACUUUGUCUGUCAAACAUGGUUUCGGCAAGGAUUUGACCAAAUUAGCCCGACAUGACCAGGAAGCCGUCCUGAAAUACAUCGCCAUUCAAAUUCCAAUCGUCACUUUCAGUACUACAUUCGCUCGCACCGCUUUCAUUAUUUACCUCCUUCCUCUACUCGGGACCAACAAAUAUUACCAGGUGGUCCUAUGGGCUUUCCUGGUCAUUCAAUUCGCCGGCAAUACCGUCUCUGCCGUACUACCGCUGAGCAUCUGUCGCGAUGUUGCUGCGCUGUGGGAUCCAGAAGUCGCGUUGACGACCACCUGCGGAAACUUGAAGUCAGUGAUCGAUUUCGCCUAUUAUUCUAACACUUUCAACUCCGCCACCGAUCUGUUUUUGGCUGUUGUCCCUGCCGUGGUUUUUUGGAAUUUGAACCUCAAACUGCGCAUCAAAGUCAGUUUGAUCGUCCUGCUUAGUCUGGGUAUUGUCGCAAUGGUCGCAUCCAUCAUCAAAACAACCAAACUCACCUCGCUACCAAGCAUCACCAAUAUCGGAGCCAGCGGCGGCAUUGAGUUAAUCCGCUGGGGUUACAUCGAGAACACCAUUAUCAUCAUCACCUCCUCCAUCCCUUGCAUUCGCCCAUUGAUCAUCUCGUCUGUGCGCAAGAUCUCCAGCGGAAAGUAUUCCCGCUCCUACGAGCUCAGUGGACCUUUCACUGGUCGCAAAUCCGGUGCGCACCCAAACGAGACAAAUCAGUCGCGGCGCACGCGCAGAUUCAAGCCUGAUGUUGAGAAUGGCAGCGUUGAGCGCAUUCUAGAUCACAGUCAGAGCGCGCAUACUAGUACGUCUGUUGGCGGUCAUCCGGAUUCACCUACUUUCUCCACACCCGGUAUCACGAAGCAGGUCGAGAUUUCGGUUAUUUCCGACAAUGGUCGACCUGCACCGGAGACGAGAAAUUACUGA